GUAAUGUUUUUGAGUGUUUCUGUUUUUGAGUGUUUCCCCUCAUUGCUUGGGAACGCUCAAAAAUAGAUUGACAAGUUUUUCUGUGUAUCCCCCCUAUUGAAAAGUCGUGGUCUCUCUAGCUGCCUAUUGUUUGGAAACACUGACACAUGGGGAACAACCACAGAUGUUACACCGGGCCCGGGGACAAAGACGAAAGUCAAAGACGAUCAUCCAUCGACCCGGGUACCGGUAUACACCGGGGGCAGGGCUCAAACAGACUUUUACGAAAAGGCUCAUUGAUUGUCAUCACAUCAUCAAGCUGAGGGCACAUAGUAUCAUCGUCGACAUCAUGACCAUUUUUAAGCCUAUACAUACAUGCCAUGGCAAUUAAAGACCAUAACCAUUCAAAUAAACGGUCAAUGGCUCCUCUGGCUCUGCUCUUGUUCACUACAUGUAUAUUAAUCCAGCAGGUCUCAAUGGCAAAGGUUACUCAGACAACCCCGACUUCAUCCAUGGCUUUGUUGGCGCCAUCAGUGUCAUCAUUGUGUCGGAGCUCGGGGACAAGACAUUCUUUAUCGCUGCCAUUAUGGCGAUGCGACACUCAAGACUGACUGUGUUUCUUGGUGCAAUAGCUGCUUUGGGAGCCAUGACUGUUCUAUCGGCAUUACUCGGCUACGCUACCACUGUUAUUCCACGCUGGCUGACAUUUUACGCGUCGUCUGCUCUCUUCGCAGUGUUUGGACUUAAGAUGUUAAAAGAAGGUUACUACAUGUCAGCAGAUGAAGGCAAAGAAGAGUAUGAAGAGGUUCAGGCCGAUCUGCGCAAGAGGGAUGAUGAGUUUGAAAAACAGAAUGCUGUUGUCCAGGAUCCAGAGUCUGGCGUUUUACGAGGUGGACUACUAAGAAGAAGAAAAAUAUUAGGAUUUAUAUCGCGAAUCUUCCUCGAGUCUUUCACACUAACAUUUUUAGCAGAGUGGGGUGAUCGUUCUCAAAUAGCUACUAUCAUAUUAGCAGCUAGGGAAGAUGUGAUCGGUGUGAUAUUAGGAGGAAUCAUUGGUCAUUCAUUAUGUACUGGUUUAGCUGUGAUGGGAGGGCGGUUUAUAGCUCAAAGGAUAUCAAUCAGAACAGUGACCUUAACUGGUGGAGUGGUGUUCCUGUUAUUUGCCUUGUCUGCAUUUUUCCUGGACCCAUCAAAAUGAGCCUGUGACCUACUAUUAUGAUGUACAGGAAUGGAUCGUAUAUUUAUACAAAAAUGGAGCAUAUUCACUGAACUGGAGGAGGAAAAAAACAUUGUAUUUCACAUUUUGAGCAUUUCUGAAGGUUUUUUAGUGUGUCAAGACAAAUGGGUCCUUGGCAAGGAAGUGUUAAGCUGAGGAAACAGUUUGGAGUGAAUAUAAAAACAGAUGAACAAAAUGUGGAAAGGGUCCUGUGAAUUUAUAGUCUUACAGUAUCGCUUGUAACACCGUACAUGACUGCUGAUAGAUUUUCUCUUGUCUGUCACCAGCCUGCCAUUUGUCAAUGGCAUCCACUGCCAGGGGAUGAAAAAAGUUUCUCCAGUUCAGGUGUGUACAUGUGAAUAAAUGAAUGAACUCGAUUGGGUAAAUGAAGAAAUAUGUUCUAUUUAUAGGGACAACAGAUGUAUAAUACUUGUUUUGAAAUCUGCACUAUUUGUUGCUUGUUGUCAUAUAACCUAAUUGAAAGUUCAUGACAUUCCUGUUCACUCCUAAUUGGUUGGGGUUUGUUUGACUUGUUGCAGAGUUGUAGCAGUGAAGUUUUGUCAGGGUUGUAAUGCCAAGUCCCUAAAAGUGGAGACAUCUGUCACUGAUGUUAAUCAGUUGCUGUAAAGAGUGCCCUGCUGGAAUCAUGCAUCAGAAAUGUACAUGAACAUGAUGUGAUGUCGGCCUUCCCUGGCUCCUAUUGCUCCGCUUUUCAUGUUUGACCACUGUGUGGUAGUUCUUGGAGCAUUUCUCUUCAAAAAAGUCAAGUUGUCGUGUCCUUCACUUUGUUGAGGAUGUGCAAAGUAUGAGAAAAUGAGGUGUCAAGUGGGGGCUUCCUUUCAUCCUUUCCUGGACACCCUGUCUGUGAAAUGAUGUCAAAGUAAAAGGGACUCUAUCUGAUGACGGAAUGUUGUUAGUCCUCUACCCUUACAACCUGUAUCAUGCCCAUGACCUGUCUUGUUAAGUGGUCUUCCCCCCCCCCCCCCCUGUCCGCCUCCCCAUAUUAUCUGAUUACGCCGAAGGACCAAACUGAUGUCAUACAUUCCUCUGGAUAUUGUAACAUACCAUGAAUUCUUCCCUGGUCUUCUAUCAAAUGUUUGUGAAUAAACAAGGAUUUAGAUAAUGUAAUAAUAAA